AUGGAGGAGGAUUUGGGCACGCCUUCGGGCCAGAGCCAGCCCAGCACCAGCGCGGGCACUGGAAGCGGGACGACGCCGCAGUCGCAGGGCCCUCCGGCGUCGAGUGCGCUGCUGCAGCUGUCGAAGCGCAGGCGUGGCUUGGGGGUUGUGACGCCCAAUGCCUGCACGGAAUGUCGCAAGAAGCGUGCCAAGUGUGACGGACAGAAACCUUGCGGCCGCUGCAAGGCCCAGAAUGACGUGGACUGUGUCUAUGAGGUACCGGUGCGCCAGUCAAAAGAACACUUGCGCAAUGAAAUCGAGAAUCUGCGCCUGCGCCAGCGGUCCAGCGAGCAGGUCUUUGCUGCUCUGAUACGGCCGCAGCUGUGGGAGGAGGUGCUGGCGCGUCUUCGCGGAGGCCAGAGCGUGGAGAGCAUCUCCGACUGGCUUACAAGUCUUCCGCCGGGCGGACCUACACCAAGCUCGGUAUAUGCGCACACUGGCCCUCACUUGGGCGGUGUUGCCGGCGGCGGCCAUGACUUGUCUUCGCUGCAGCCUUUUGGCGAUGCUUCUGGUGCUUCUUUGCAGUCAAUGACCCUCACGGUCGGUGCUCGAGGCGGAUCGCUGCAGAUGCCUGGUUUGAGCGCCGAGAUGGGAGGAGCUCCGGCCAGCCCUUGGCACUUUUCGUCGCAGAGCCAGGCCACCUCUACCAGGAGCGGCUCUCAUCCAGAUCUGAUGAACUGGGCUGCCGAGCCGGGACCACCACAGACACGAGUCGGCUCUUGGGCUGAGACGAUGCAGGCGGACAGCCUGCCCGAUGGCAUCCAGCGGUUCCGGGGGUCCGAGCAGAUACUAUCGCCGCUCGACGAGCCGAAGCCUCCGCCAGGGUCGUGGACCAGCAUCACCAACGAUGUCAACUUGGUCCAGCAUUUAUUGGCGCUGUACUUUUGUUGGGAAUACCCAACCUUUGCGUCUCUCAGCAAGGAACACUUUCUCCACGAUUUCCAGGACGGAAGACACCGAUACUGCUCGCCAAUCUUGGUCAAUGCGCUGCUGGCCCUUGGCUGUCGAUUCUCCACACAGCCCAUGACAAGAGCCAACCCCAACGACCCCUACUCUUCUGGGGACCACUUCUUCAAGGAGAGCCAACGGCUCUUCAACGAGGAAAUCGACCAUCACUCCUUGACAACCAUCCAGGCCCUGGGCAUCAUGUCGAUUCGUGAAGCGAGCUGCGGCCGUGACUCUGAGAGCUGGUACUAUGCUGGCCAGAGCAUCAGGCUGGCUCUUGAGAUGGGUCUGCAUCGCAUUCAUGAGGAAGACGACGAAGACGAACUUGCCGUUCAGUCUGCGACCUUUUGGGGGGCUUUUGCAUUAGAUCAUGCAUGGUCCCUGGCCACCGGUUCGCUGCCGCAGUGCUCCUCCUUCCCCCAUCUACCACCCAAACCCGCCAUCAUCGACGACAUUGAAGCGUCUCUAUGGGUACCGUAUACCGACGACGGCGCUCCGCUACAGCGGUCGUGCGAGCAGCCGUCCAACGUGCGGUCAGUAUACAAGUGCUUUUGCGAGCUGAGUGAGCUCGUGCACCAGUCCCUCUACGUGCUCCAUUCCCCAGGAAGGCCCCUUACUGCCCGGGACCUUUUGAACAUUUAUACGCAGUACCUGAACUGGUACGACCGGAUACCCGAAGUGUUGAGGCUGGGGCAUAACUUUACCCCGGCCGUCUUAUUUGCGCACAUGUACUACCACUUUGCCAUACUCCUCCUUUUCAGACCCUUGAUCAAGCUCCGCAUCAUUGGCUCCAAGGUUUCGCCUCGAGACGUCUGCUCGCAAGCUGCCGACGCCAUCCAAGGCUUAUUAACAUCAUAUUCUCAACUAUACACACUAAAGAGAACGCCCUCUUUUGUCCCUUACUUUGUUUUGACAUCGGCUAUUAUGCACCUUGCCAUAGGCGCUACCGGGGUCGACGCCGACGAUGCCGCAACCAACGAAGAGAGGAUGAAGAAGGCGGCCAAAAUCGAUCCCCGCGUGACGGAUGCCCUCAAUCAGGGUAUCGCGGAUCUCACAGAGAUGGCGCCGUGCCAUCACUUUGCCGAGCAGGCGCUGAACAUCUUACGCUUCCUAGCAAAGAAAUGGAACAUCGAGGUCAAUGUUGACGGCGACAAGAUGCCGCCGGAUGACGCCGACAACCUGGUCAGGCCUUACACGAGCAGCCUCAACUUUUUCGCACCCAAUGUUCGCGAGGGCGAUUACAUGUGCGGCUUUGGGCCCUCCCCAGAGGUUGCGGAAGCGCUGCAGGCGCCUGACACGAAAAAGGCGGCAGAAACAGCAGAGAAUCCGCUCUUUUGGCCUUUUCCAAUGCAGGGAAGACCGAUGCUGCCUACCGGGCAAGAGUUGGAGGAUGCAGGAUUUGCCAAAUUGUAGUGAUGCCUCGGAGGCUUUUUUUUUCACCUCCCUUUACUCGAUACCACUUUAACUUUUUUAUUCUUUUUUUCCUCCAUGAGCCAUUGAGCUUUUGGAAACGCAUAUCGGGCCAUACAUGACGGGUAGGAUAUCAGGGCGUAUACGUAAACGAGUGAUGCGCCUCACGGACGCGGAAAGGGCUAGAAUAGCAUGCUGGAUAAUUUAGUAUUUAAUGCGCCGUGGAUUUUUUUGUAUAUAACGGAUAUUGAGUGAACCAUGGUUGGAUAUUCUA